UUCAAUUGCUGACAACAAAGCCCGUUAUGUACGUUUGCAAUGUUGAAGAUACAAAUGUUAUAACUGGCAAUGAAUUAUCUAAAAAGGUAGAGAGAAUGGCGGAGGAAAAUAAAAGUAAAUUUUAUUGUAUUUCAGCAAAACUCGAAGCAGAUAUUGCAAAUCUUGAUAGUGAAGAGGAAAAACAGAGUUUUUUAUCGGAAUUUGGCUUACAAGAAUCAGGCCUUGAUGGAGUAGCGCGUAUUAUGUAUGAAGUGCUGAGUAUGAUAACUUUCUUUACUGUGGGCCCCAAAGAAGCACGGGCAUGGCCAGUAAAAAUAGGGUCAACAGCCGAUAAAGCAGCAGGUGUAAUCCACACUGAUUUUGAGAAAGGCUUUAUAAAAGCAGAGACAAUAAGCUUUGCAGACUACAUAAAGUAUGGAAGUGAAUCAGCUUGCAAAGACGCAGGAAAAAUUCGCUUUGAAGGCAGAGAUUAUAUCAUGCAAGAUGGUGAUAUAAUGCACUUUAGGUUUAAUGUGUAGUAAUUUAUCCUUUCUAUUGGUUUUUUAUCUAAGGCAUUUUUUACUGUAGAUUAAUCAUUUGAUUAUAGUAUCAUUUUAAUUAAGCUUAUGCUUGGGAUAUUUAUGAAAAAUAUUUUAUAUUUUAUAUUAUUAGCUGUUGUAUUCGGAUCACUGAGCCUAUUUGCUGUAGAGCAAUUUGAAGAAAAGAAAAUUGAAUCAGUUCAUAAAAACGAAAAUGUAGGUGUAAGGAAGCAAGAUAGCACAAAUCAAAAAGAUGAGUUAAAAAGCAACGUCGAUGCUAAACAAACACAAGAGGCUGAGAGCAAAAGAUUAGACGACACUACCGAUAAAGAGAAGCUGCAACACAACGAGAAUAAAGCUUCCGUGGUUGAAAAAACUACAAGUGAAGGUGAAAGGAUUGAUAAAGGUUUGCCAAAUGACCAGCUAGAAGGAAGCACAGACAAAUUUGCUCAAAAUUUACCAAAUGUGGUCAAUAAAGAAGUGAAUAAAGAUUUGAAACCAGAGCCUUUGCCUUUAAGUGCUGAUUUAAAUGAGAAUACAGCUAACCCGCAAAAAAAUCUACAAGCUGAUCAGAAGAUUGAUAUAAAAGAUAAUGAACUUUCAAAAAGUGAUGCGAGUCAAUUAUUAGAGGGAAAAAAAGAAAAAGUAGAGAAUCAGUCUGAAGAAAAAAAAGUGAAAGAAACAAACAGUAAUUCCAAGGACCGCAAUAGAGUAAAACCUAUAACUAAAAAAGAUGAAGAAGAGCAAAGUGAAAAGAAAAGUUUACAAAAAUGGACAAAGCUAAACAGAGAACCAAUAAAAGAAUGGGGUCAUAAAGACAUACAAAGCAAGUCAAUAUAUAAACGACAAUAUGAUAGCCUUAAUGAGCAUCUUCCUACAACUGUGUUUAUUGAUGAUUACAGUAAGCAAUUUUUUUACUGCAUUAAGAAGAACAACUUAACUUGCUUAAGAGGAGUAAUAAGUAAGCUAGAAAAAAUUGGAUUAACAAUUCAAGAGAUACUAAGGUUUAGAAAUAAAUUGGGUGAUACUCCUCUCAUUUAUUCAGUUAAACAAGGUGAGGUAGACAUAGUGCGCUUUCUCUUAUUACAAGGUGCUGAUCUUAGAGUAGUUAAUAAUAAUUUUCAAUCCCCAAUUGAUAUAGCAAUCGAAAGAAAGCAGGUCAAGAUAAUAAAUGCGAUUGCCGAAAUGAUGCCACACCUUUUGGAGGAUAGAAAAAUAGACAAUAAAGAAAGCUCAGCAAUGUACGAUUGGGCUGUGAAAACGAAAGAAAACAAUGAGUUGCAGUGUGAUAAGCAAGAUGAUUAGAUUUUUGAUAUUAAUUUUAGUUGGUCAUUUAUGUUAUGGAAACGAAACAAAUGAUGAAAAAAAUCAGAUUAGUGAUUUUUUAAACGCUCUGCAUGAUGUAAAAUACGUAUCUUACAGUAAAAAAGACUUUGCUGAAUUUUUGGUGCAGUGCCACAAAGAGGGCGUGCCAGAAGAUUUUAAGAAAGGUUUUGGUUCUAACUUAAAUGGAGCUAAUUUUAACCAACUGUACCUAAGUAAAUCUGUUUUUGAUGGAGUAAGUCUGAUUGGUGCCGAUUUUUCUAACACCGAUUUAUCCGAUGUGUCUUUCAUUGAUGUUGAUUUACGUGGUGCUAAUUUUUCCAAUGCUAAUUUACAUGGCAUUAAA